AUGUCAUCCGGAGUUGCUGGUUGUACUCAAAUCGCUUCAAAGAGCGUAGAGGGUCGCAUGGAGGCUCAAGUACAGCUCAUGAAGAGUCAAAUUGACUUCCUACAUGAUGCUUUGGCCGAGGUUAAGGAGGCAAACCGAGACUUUUCUCAAUUGCUUUCAAAUCAGCAAGAUAAAGCUAUGGUAAGUUUUGAGAACAUUGCUAAAAAUUUAAGAGUCUUAUGUGAUCGUUUUGAAGUUAAACAAGUACCCUCGUAUGCUGGAAUGUUGCAAGUGUCAUUGCCUUUGUUUUAUGGUUGUUAUAGAGAAUAUGAUACUUGGGAAAAGAGCAUAGAGAAUUUGUUUGUGUUGCUUAACAUAGAGAAAGAGAGUGAGAAAAUAGCCUUAGCUAUAGGUUUUUUUCGUUCUAAUGCUUUGAAUUGGUGGAAGCUAGUUUCAAAUAUCUAUUCGCAUUAUUGGUAUCGUAAUUUGGAUGAUUGGAAUGAUUUGAGAAGUGCUUUGCGAGAAAGAUAUGCUGGUACUAACACCUUUGAUGAAGCAAAAGUGAAGUUGCUCAAUUACUGUUUCCACUAUGGCUUGGACAAGUGUUUCAAACAACAUCCAAAGAUAAGGAGACAAUCAAGGCUCUAUGAGGCAUACUAUGCUGCCUUAGAAGUGGAAAGAGAGCAUGAUACUUCUUGUGGUUGGAAUGGUCCAAUUGAGGAUCAGGGGUUGGUGUUUGGAGCUGAAGAUGGAGAUCAACGGACUUGUAUCUUCCGUACUAAGUGUUCGGUUGGGUGGUCCAAUGAUUUUGUAAUCGACGGUAUAGAGGUUGAUGAUUCGAGGAUGAAUCCUCUUAAAGAAGGAGGGGAUGAUGAGAAUCAUGUAGCCUUCCAUGGAGGUUCUCCUAGUGAGGGGAAUGAGUUAGUCCUUCAUUCUAGAUUUGGAAUGCCAAUUUUACUUUGCAGGCCAAUCAAGGAAGAAAGGAUGGAUCUUGACUACCUAUGUGAUAGGGAGUUGGUUCAAGAGAGCUAUGAUCAAGGUGAUGAGAAUGUCAUUAACUUUGGGGUGCAAACCAAAGGAGAUGAAGACCUCAUGGAAAUAAGUGCUGAAAAGUAUCAAGAGAGUUUGACUCUGUGUGCUCCAUGA